AUGGCCGCCCCCGCCCCCAUGACCACGCUCGACAUCUCGGGCCGCUGGACCAUGAACAAGACGCUAUCCGACGACACGACGGACGUGUUGACGCACCAAGGAAUCGGCUGGGUAACCCGCAACGCGAUCUACUACGCGACGAUCACGCUCGACAUAAAUCACUACAAGGACUCCACGGGGGUUGAGCACAUCGACAUCAAGCAGACGUUGACGGGCGGGGUUGGUGGGACCACGGAGCUGCGAACACUAGACUGGGUCGAGCGCGGGCACCGCGACCACCUAUUCGGCUCCGUCGUGGGGCAGUCGCGGCGGGUGGCGGAGCUGUCGUCGAUCGAAGACGAGUUCCUGGCUAAGGACUGGGAUGCAGAGGGCGUAAAGGACGGCGUUGUGGAGAGCUACGUUGUUAAUGAGGAGAAGGGGUGGAGCGCGAGGCAAGUCUGGGGGUUUGAAAUGGUCAAGGGCGAGAAGAGGUACACGAGGCAUCUCAGGUUCCAGCUGGAUGAUGUCGUGCUGCUGAAGAAGAUGGUCUAUGACUAUGUGGGACCCGUGCCGGCUGCUGCUUAG